AGAGUGCAGCUGCAAUGAUGUCCAUAUUGUGUCUGCCUUCGCAGCUACAGCUUAUAAUAACUCAAUAGCUGCACUUUCAAAGUCGGAAAUAACCUCCCAGCAGUUGCUUUUAUUGCUGGCUGAUACACAAGGAGAAGAAGCUCUGAUGUGAGAGACUUGCUGUGAGGAUGACAGGAGAAACCAUGGGGUCUGAUUAGGCUUGCGGUGUGUUGGAGGUUCACAGUGUGGAAAUAAUGUCGUACAGUAACAGAGAGCUGGUGGAGUUCUUCAUAAGCUACAAGCUGUCGCAGAGGAACCACCCAGCGUCUCUGCUGAGGCCAGAGGAUGCUGGUGGAAGGACUGAAGGAGACAAGGCCAACUCAGCUGCCAGUAAUGGCUUGCUGGUUAACAGCAGGAAUGGAGGCGGCCAGCCGGGGACAUCUACAUCCCCACAUGGGGACAUUGAGGCUGUAAAGGCAGCUCUUCGGGACUCAGCAGAUGAGUUUGAACUGCGUUUCAUGCAAGCGUUCAGUGACCUUUCCUCACAGAUUGACAUCACUCCUGACACGGCCUACCACAGCUUUAAGAGCGUAAUGGACGAGGUGUUCAAGGAUGGAGUCAACUGGGGACGUGUAGUGGGCCUGUUUUCCUUUGGAGGUGUGCUGUGUGUGGAAUGUGUAGAGAGGGAUAUGAGCGAGCUGGUUUCCCGCAUCGCAGACUGGAUGACCAUGUACCUGGAUGAGCACAUCGAUCCAUGGAUCCAAAGCCAAGGAGGAUGGGACUGCUUUGCUGAGAUUUUUGGGGAGGGCAGCGCUGCCGAAGCGAGGAGAUCUCAGGAGCGUCUGAGAAGAUGGCUGCUAGUUGGAGUGGUGGUACUUAUGGGAGUGCUGGUUGGUGUAGUCAUGGCCAAGAAUCACUGAAGGUGCUGCAUCUCAUCCAUCAUGGCACACCCUGUGUAAUGCUACGCCAAGAAAAUAAAAUAGUUGAUGUUUACAAAAUGCCCAGUCUGCUUGUGCACUGACAGGAUGUGGUUUGGCGGUGAAAGCAGUUUGUGGGAGCAUCCAUAAUAUGUAGCUUGGUGAGCUGUUACACUCCUCACCCUGCUUUGUCCUGUGUUUUUUUAUUUCUUUUAACACACAGUGGAGAUUUUCAUUUGUUAAAGGGUGUUAAUCUCUUGACUGGAAGUGCUUUAAAUGAUCCCGAUAAGCUAAGAGACAGUGAAAAAUAUUCGAUUGGUUUGAUGAGACUGCUUAUUUUUUUAUUUUUUCCUUUGUGUGUUAUCCAAGGACCAAGUUUUAUAACUUACAAACUGACAGAGAAAAUAAGUUAUACUUCUUUUUCACUGUGUAAUGCUCAGAUCAUUUUGUUGGCUGUACUGGAGUUUUAGGCAUGCUUCAAAAAAUAAAUAUAUUUAUGUUUU